CAUGUCUCUCUGCUUCCGUUCCCCCUCUACCCUGCCCCCACCCCUGUCUGACGAUCUCCGAUCUCUGCUACCUUUCCCCCACCUGCGCCCUCUACCGCCCAGCACUACACCGUGUACGCCGCACAACAGCCAGAGCCGGGGCCCAGCCAUGUGCACGUUGGCCCUCCCCCGCCCGGGCACCUCGUAGCCUCCCCAGAACUGUACAUACAUAAUCCCCCGAACAACUGGCGCCAGCUGCCCCUCAUGCCCCCCGACGCUUACUACCCCGUCCACCAGCUCCCGUACCACGUCAGCCCACGGCCCAGCCUCGACAUGGCCUAUGCCAAUGCCCUCCCCUACACCCCCGUCCGCUACGACCACCGCGGAUUCGUUACCCCAGACAGCUACGGCUCGGGCGACGACGGCUGGGGCGACAAGCGUAGAGACACCGAGGAUUUCGAGCGCGUCGACAGUCCGAGGAAGAAGCCACGGAUAACGUUACCACGAGGACAUGCAUGUGUUGCUUGCAGGACACGGAAACUUAAAUGCCAGGAAGGCAUCAGGCCGUGUGCCACUUGUAUCAAGGCGAACAUAGAAUGCAAAGACGAAGACAUUCCGAGAAAGAAACCGAGAAAUGUGUUGUUGGAAGAGCGUAUCCUCGAACUCGAGAGCAUGCUUGGUAUUCGCAAAGGCUCGUCCGCGCGACCUAGCAUAUCUGCGUCCAGCUAUUCCACCGACUCGGGCCCCUCUUCCGACGUUAUGGCGGGUGAGCCGUUAUACAGCGGUCCCAGCCGCAUCAGCACCCCCUACGUCGGCUCUCAGCCACGCAUCAUGCCCCCGCCCCUCUCGUCAGCCAGCCAGCAUAUGGAGCUCGACGUUAUCCCGGGAUCAUCCAUUGAGCUCGCUUUGAUUCAGUACAUUCUACCAUACACCCCACACCUCCUCAUUCCCGUUCACCCUGAACGACUUCUCGCAGAGCUGUCUCUGUCUAGCCACGACCCGUCACGACCCCAUCCCGCGCUUCUGUAUGUGCUCUUUUCUGAGGCCGUUCGCCACUUGGAAGCCGGAAUCCCCCCCACUAGCCUUCCCAAACCACCCUACCUCUUCCAUCCAUCCCUCACCCCGCCCAUACCUUCAUCAGGCAUCCACCGUGACUCGCUCCUUGCGCAUUUAGGCGGUACAGCUCCGCUUUUGCUCGAACGCGCGAGACACGAGUUGGAUGUGGGUAUACGCCAGUUUGAUAGGGUCUUUGACCUUUCGAGGGCGGCUGUAGGUAUCGCGAGGUCGUUGUAUACCCAAGGAAGGUUUGUGGAAGGAUGGUCGAUACCGGUAGCCAACCUCGCCAUCGCAUGUGGGCUCCACCGUAUAUCGGGCGGUUACAUCCCCCCGCCUCCUUCCAUCUCCCCCGCCACCAAAAUCGCAAGUCUUCCCGACCCUUAUGCGAGGGAACACGAGUACAGCCAUGCUCAUACAUACGGCCGACCUCAAGUGGGGCAGCCGCAGUUGAGGAUGAAGGUGGUGUUGGUCCCACCCGCGAGGGAUGAGAUUGAAGUUGCGGAGAGGGUGAUGACGUUUUGGGCGGUCAAGAGACAGUGUUGGACAAUGUCGAUCGGUUGGGGUUGGCCGGAUCCGUUGCCAGAUGAAGAAUGCACGACCGAGUGGCCUUGGGGCUGGGGUCAUGUUGAAGCUGGUGUAGCCAAUGAGAGAUAUUCCCUGAUGGACCUAUACGACCCAUCUUCGGCUAUGCACACCAGCAUCCAGGCGGACACGACUUAUACACUAGCGACAAAAAGCACGGCACUGUUGGCUCGCGCCAGCUCCUUGUCCGACUUGCCGCAUUCGCAGCGAACUGUAGCGUUGCCCGAUGGGACGGUGGUUGCGACCUACAUGGCUCCGAUGCCCGAGAUCAAAGAUCUCCAAACCGCCAUUGCGCUCUUCAGACAACAUAUCCCCGUCCCAUUCACUUUCCCUCCUCCCCCUGCUUCUUCCGCCCCUCUCUCCGGCCCUUCUACGACCCCACCUUCCCCCACCGCUUCCCCCGACAUAUACGACGGCCCCUCCGACCCGUUCUGGAUACUCUUGCACACAAACUUGUAUACAGCUGAAAUGUUGAUGUGGUGGGAGAUGGCGAAUCAUCAAACCGAAGCGCACCAUUCGGCUGUACAAUGUGCACGGGCGAUCAUAGGGCUGGUCGUCCUGGUGCCGGAUGAAAAAUGGGCCAAUGUCGGUGAGUAUACCUUUUUUCAUCACACCUGCGGAAAGGCAAAGCUGACGAGAAGGGGUAGAUAUGCUCUCGGCUCUGGGCUUGUCGUAUGCCGCGAGGGUGUUGAAUAAAGAAGCUUACCUUCUCCAAGCUGCUGGCGCGGUCGAAAGAGCCGAACGCGCGAUAUCAGACUCUGAAGUGCUCAGACACUGUCUCGAAGGACCGAUCAACAAGUAUCUCAAGGUUGCGGGCGCUUUCUCGCAGAUUGUGAAUCGUACCAAGGCAGGGCAGUCAGAAAAGAUUGGAGAGUAUGAGAGAGUGUAGUCUAAAAAAGAUACUUGCA